UGUAGACAACAUAAAUGCUCUCCCACCCUCCUGGGAAAGGAGGCUAAGCUCCAUGUUUGUACCAGCCUCAGCCUGCCUUACUGUCUUCCAGGUGAUGAAGUGUGUCCUGGAGGUCAUCUCUGACUCGCUGUCCAAACCCAGCCCCAUGCCUGUCAGUCCUGAGUGUCUGGAGACUCUCCAAGGAGAUGAGAGGGUCCUCUCCAUCCUGCGACACCAGAAUUUGCUGAAGGAACUCCAAGACUUGGCUCUCCAAGGUGCCAAGGAGCGGGCCCAGCAGCAGCCAGAGCAGCAGGAGCAGCCACAGCCACACAGCAGCUUCGAGGAUGAGCUCUCAAAAGUGUCUGAGAGCCAGAGCUCUGAGGCCAAGCAUGGAGAUGCCACAGCAGAGGCUCCCCCUAAGGAAGCUGUAGAGAAGAGAGAGGGUUCUGACGAGGCACAACAGGAUGGCUCUGAGACAGCCACUGAGGGACCCAGGCCUAAGGCCGUUCCAGAGCCUGGGCAGAAGUCCUCUAUGACGGGGAACAGUGAGGCCCCUAGGGAGGACACAGCCACCAAUACCCAGCUGCUGGCCAACCUCCCCAACCAAGAGCUUGCGGAGGACAGCGAGAGAGGCCUGGGCACCCGGCAGCAAGCUGGAAAAGCCAAGCCAGAGGAGGAAGAAGAGGAGGUUAGACAGAAGGCCGGGCCUGAAGAAGUCCCCACUGCAACAUCCAGCUCCCGACCCGAAUACGAGGAGAUCCAGAAAGAUGAGGGUCAGUCGGAGUCUCAGGCAGUGGACGGAGGUAGAAAAACCCAGGUUUCUGAAGCUCUGCCACCCGAGGGGGAGCUGGGGCUCUCUCAGCAAGAGGAAACCGGGGAAGACACGGCAGGGGCCCCCCAAGGUCUCUUCCCAGGUGGGAAGAGCCAGGAGCUGGAGCGUAAGCAGGAGGAAGAGGAGCGGCUGUCCAGAGAAUGGGGGGACAAGCGUUGGAGCAGGAUGGACCAGUUGGCCAAGGAGCUGACAGCAGAGAAGCGGCUGCAGGGGGACGAUGACCCUGACCGCUCCAUGAAGCUCUCCUUCCGGGCCCGGGCCUACGGCUUCAGGGACCCCAGGCCUCAGCUGCGCCGGGGCUGGAGGCCAUCUUCCCGAGAAGACAGUGUGGAGGCCCGAGGCGACUUUGAGGAAAAAAAGGAGGAGGAAGGCAGCGCCAACCGCAGAGCAGAGGACCAGGAGCUAGAGAGCCUGUCAGCCAUCGAGGCAGAGCUGGAGAAGGUGGCUCACCAGCUGCAGGCAUUGCGGCGGGGCUGAGGCACUGGC